CAGCGAUGCAUCUUCAUGGUCCUGGUGGGCAUGCUCUUUGCCAUCGCCUUCGUGGGUAAUAUUGGCACCCUUUUUGUGAACAGCAGGCGCAAGCUUAGACCCUUCUUCCGCACCUGUCUCCUGGCACUGGCCUGCAGUGAUCUACUCUACUCGCUGAGCUUCACCACUGCCUACGUGGCGCACUUCAAUGCCCCGUAUCUGGAACUCUGGACUUUGGGACAUUUCAUGUGUAGUCUGGUGCCUUUCGUGAACACUGCUACCAUUAUGUUCAGCAGCCUGGUACUGGUUGCCAUUGCCUCGGAUCGUUAUAUGGCCAUCAGGCGGGCAGCAUCGGGCAUCUGGAAUCCGAGUUGGCUCUUCUGCGGAUUGUGCGUUGGUGGCAUUAUGUUAACGUCGGUCGUUUGUGCCGUGCCUCUGUUUGUCAUCUCGGGUGUUAAGCACAUCUAUCUGCAGUACACGGAUGAGCUGGUGGUCAGCGAAUUGCAAUUGGCUAGCGUUUGCUUAGGCAUGACUGGAGUGAUUGAGGUCUAUAAUAUGAUACUGCUCAGUCUCAUCUUUCUACCCUGCAUUGUGGGCUUCUUCUUUCUCAAUGGCACAAUUGCACGUCGCCUGUGGCAACGACGUCACUUCCAACAGCAGCAGCAGGAGCAGCCACCGGAGAAGGUGAACGAGGAGCCUCGCUUUGUCUAUCUGAUGAGCAAGCCAGAGACGACACAUGCCAUGAUGACCGCCUUUAGUGUGGCUGCCUCCAUGGACAUCGCCACCAGCAACAGCAACAUCAUCAGCAACAGCAACAGCAAGUCGACUGCGAUGCCGCAGCUGAGUCCGGCUGCAGCGGCGCGUGUGGCACGUCAUCGUCGCAUGGUGCACGUGGUAAUCCUAAUGAUGGCCACAUUCAUGUGUCUGCGUCUCCCUGGUUGGAUAUUUCUCAUACUGCGGUUAUAUGGGGCGUUCUCCUCCCCAGUUGAAUGGCUACUUUACUUCAGCUUCGGCUUGCUUAACCUAACCAGCAGUGCCCUUAAUCCCAUUUUCUACACUUUCCUCUCGCAAACCCUUCGCUGCCUCGGAAAGAUGAAAGAGCAGUUUCGCAAUUUUUUUUGUUGCUGCUCCCACAAUCGCGAGAAGCAAGGCGAAAUGGACUUGAAUCCGGCGAUGCCGAAAGAAUCAACCGAGCGAAGUCAUCGUUGCUUCUGCUGUGGCGUUCAGGUAACUUGGCAUUGCUAUCCCAAAGCUUGCAAGGCCCCAACUGCACCUCAGCUAUCACCCGUUGAGGAUCACCAUGAGAAAACUGAUGAGGAAGGCGACGACGAAGAUGACGACAGCAAUCUGAGCCAUUUCACAGGAGUAACAGGCGAGAUCUUCACCAUCUACAAAGAGAAGUCGGUAGCGACGAUGCCGAAUGCGUCAAUGGAAUCGAACAGCUGAUAAAGCUCGUCAUCCAUCAUGCUUGCCCUGAUUGUGCUAUAAUUAUGAGCUGAAUAAUGUAAUGCAACAGCUUGUUGUUGACUGUAGCGAAAGCAAAGAUGAAUAAAGCGAACUGAUAGGCUCAAAUUUUGUUUUGAAAA